UGGGGGCUCCCUGGCUGUUGGAGACGGUGGGACCGACGUGUGCGGGAUCAGCACGUAGGAUGCAGACUGGUGGCGGCGCGCGGCGAGGACGCGGGGCUGCGCGGAGAGGGAGGGGCUGCGCGCUCCCCAGACCUGCCUUUAUCUCCUCCCUUCCCGCCCGCGGGCACGAGCCUCCGCGUCUGCCCGCCCCCAAGCCUAGGGCGGAGGCCUCGCGAAAAAUCCCGGCUCCGCGGGUCCGCGGGUCCGCGCUCGGCGGAGGGUGUCCGCCACUGCCAGCUCCCUCCGCUCGGCCUGGGCCCCUGGAGCGGCCACACAGGCCCGCGGUUCUGACUGAAGCCGCGGCGGAUCCCGCUCUGGGUCCCUGGGGACCCUCGGCCCCUGAGAUCGUCCUUCAAACACAACUCCCACCCCGGCGGCCUCAAUCCCACCAGAGCAGCCCAGGACAUAGAGCCCUACCCCCGACCUGAGCAACCCUCCACCCCGGGGUGCUCACCAGCCCCUAUUCUUUGCCCCCAGGCACAGAAUGACCCACAGGAUUCGCCCCACGAAGAUGAACUGGACGGCCACGACGUGCUGGGCUCUGCUGUUGGCCGCUGCCUUCCUCUGCGAUCCCGGCGCAGCCAAGGGCGGCCGCGGAGGGGCUCGCGGCAGUGCCCGGGGAGGGUUGCGCGGGGGCGCGCGCGGGGCCCCAAGAGUGCGCGUGAGGCCGGUGCCCCGCUACGGGGGCUCCUCGCUGCGGGUGGCUGCUGCAGGCGCGGCUGCGGGGGCAGCAGGGGCGGCCGCCAGCCUGGCCGCAGGCUCGAGCUGGAGGAGAGCCGCGGGCCCCGGACAGCGAGGCCUGGAUGGCGACGAAGACGCUGCGCUCAGCGGCAACGGGACUAGCCGAGGCGUCUACGGCUACCGAGCGUGGACUUCGGAUGCAGAGCCCGCACGCGGCCCGCACCUCUGCCUGCUGCUGGGCGGCGCCCUGGGGCUGCUGCGGUCCUAGGCCCGGCUGGGCUCCGGCCAGAGCCGCUCCCAGCCCGCGCCCUCCCCAGAGGCGCCCACCUGGGCGCGCCUUCCCCCCUCUGCUCUGAUCUGCGAGCACAAAGGGGCCCCCUGGGCGACCACGAAGUAGGGUUAGGAACUGCAGCUUCUCCUGCCUGUGUCCCUGGGGCCACUUCCUGUCACUGUCCUGUCCGAGCCCCGCCCCGGUCUCCCCAUCUCCCACCUGACCAGGCACCAGACUCAUCAGCUCCGGGACGCUGUGCCUGCCACUUGGAUGUUAGGGUCGUCCCAGUCAGACAGGCAGCUGUCCACGCUCUUGUGCCAGCUUGAACAGGACCAGGCUGUUCAGGCCACUCCGGCUCCCCUGGACGCUUGAGGGGUGUGGACAGUGCUGACCACCAGACAGGCAAGCCCCGAGGAUCCUGGCAGCCUCCCCCACAGAAGGAGCCAGAAUGGAUCAAAGGACUUGAGGAUUUGGGGGAAGGAGAGAAGGGAGGCUUUGCUCACAGGUUGUAGCAUUCCAGCCACCUUCCUGAAAGAGGUGGUCUGUGGACUUCAGAGUCAGGGCAUGCCCAUCAUGGUCCCCAGGAGGCACCCGUCUGGAGCGUCCCUUCCCUACCCUCAGGCCCAAAGGCCAGGCCUCUUCUCUGGGCUGUGCUCUGUGAGACCCACUGCCUGGGGUUCCCUUGGAGCCACUUUGCUCUGACUUGAAACAAGUCACUCUUCUGGGAACUAUUUUAGAAAACAAGAAACAAAAAAAAGUACCAUUCUUUAAAUUUCAAAUGUCCCAUUUCCUUUGAUCUUUAGGUUUGUGUUCCGGGACCAGAGUCCUUGCCUGCACUCAGGGACAACUGCACACGUCCCUGGAGAGUCCCCACCAGGGACUGCCAGCUGUGGUUCUGGCAGAUCUGUGCAGGCAACAGCCACCCAGGCCAGAGCCCAGCACCCAGAAAGAAUGGCACCUGGGUGCAGCAGGACUCCUACCACACCACUACAGGACGUCUGAGCAGAGGAUGUUCUGAGAACAGGGCAGGCACCAAGUAGCCUCUAAGGAAAGGCUGGGCAGGUCCUUGCAACGGUUUGCCUCUGGCAUCCAAACACGCUGGGCAUGAGGCCAGCCCUUGAUUCUUGGGCACCCAGUGGCCUUCAAGCCACCAGGCUGGUUCCCUGUCCAUGAGCUUGGGCCUGGGGCUCCUGGCUCCUUACCACAUCCCCCAGCUCAAAUAUCCUUAUCCCACAGCAGGACAGCUUCCCAGGCCUGGUCCCUGGGGAUCUCGCCAUCCUUCGGUGCUCAGCGGGAGCCUCCCCACCACCAGACUGCCUCCCAGAAUUUGCCUUCGCACCCUGGGCCACGAAGCCUUUGAACGCAGCUGAUGGAUGCCAGUGCCAUACCAGCAUCUUCCAGGGAGCCCUGCCACCUCUGCUCCCCCACAGCUGGCACAGAGCUCUGGUUAGGGGGAGGGUCUCCAGCCAAGCAUUUUUCUCCAAAGACUGGAGGGCUAAACUGCAGGACAUAGCAGCCCUCAGCUCCCGUGUCCACACUGCCAGCACUCCAGGGCUGCAGGGGGCCUAGAUGUUCCUCUGUCCAAUCCACAGCAAGCUCCAUGCUACCAAAGAUGAGCAAGCCAUGGCCAAGCCCUGCUGGGCCUCCACUGCCCGGCAGGCUGCAAGGGGAUCUGAAAGUCUCGCCCAGGGAGAACUAUUACAGUGGCUCCUUGGGCGAGCUCAGUCCUACCUGAGGGGCCUGCCCGGCUGUGCCCAGCCUCUGACACCCACCAAGAUGCAGGGCAACUGCCAGACCAGACCCUCACACACCAACCUGACUCUGGGAGCAUGUUUGGCAUCUGGCAUAGCCACAAAUCUUUUGAGUACUUUCCACCCCUGCUGUCAGUUCUGGCGGGAGGCGGACAGCACUCAGUGGGUAACCUCAGGGGAGGUUAGUAAGCGAGUGUGCUAUUCCACAUGGGGUGGUAGGGAGGGCACCUGCGCAAGGGGAGAUGCCCUGGCUCCAGGGAGGUCGCACCACCACAGGACACAGAAGGGCCUGAGCUGCUGACCAGGUGCACCUGCCCCGCCCCACCCAAUGCCUUUCCCUCCUCAGCCCUCUUCCAGGACACAGGCUGCUGGAUAGCCUUCCCUAGACCGCUGCAGUCUGACUACAGCAUGCUGAGGUGCCUCUGGGGAGAACCCCGCUGUUCUGUGAGUCAAAAGUGCUUAGAGGCUUGCGCCUGCCCUGGGAUCUCUGCCGACAACCAGGGACCCUCCUGGCCUGGACACAGCUGGCUGUGAGCAAGGCAGCCCCCGAGGCACCAGCGGGACAGGCAGUCCUGGGUCCUGCCGUGACUGUUUGGACCCUCUUGUCCGUGUCUGUGUGCACAUCUUAGGCUGUGAAAUAAACACUCUAUUGGCA